AGAGUGUGGUCCUGACUAACAGACGGCUGAGGAAAUAAGCAUUAUUCUUAUAGUUCUUUACUGAUUCAUGAGGAAACAGAGGACGACCACAGCUGGGGGACAUCACUGUGUGCGUCAUGGACAGCGCUUAAUCUCCUGAAAGGUAAAUGAUCAUCACUGUCAUUUAUUCCCAAAGCAGUAAAGCCUCAAUGUUUCUAUUUUAAAGCAUGUUUCUCUGGUGACAUCCAGGUUGGAAGUUCACCCUCUUCACAGAGUAACGUGAUAGUGUGCGCAUGCGACGUUGGCUCAACAGGUUUAUAUGUGUCUUAUUUUUGGUCGCAUCACGUGGUAGGAGUGGCUAUUUGCUGCUAUUUAGGCUUUUCUUAUGGAUGUCACUCCUUUGGUGCAUGAACAUUUCAGAUGCUACAAGGAAAAGUCCAGAUGUCUCUGCUCAGGUCCCUGGUAUUGGUUUUCCUGAUUUUUGGAUACUUCGCUUGUUCUGAGCCCGAAGACGGAGCUGACGCACAAGAAUCCCAAAAAAACGAUGUGGAACUAAAUAAUGACGCCCACAAAGACCGAGUGCUGUAAGACACAACCUCCUCAUGAGGCAGGACUCAAAUGUUGUGGACAGAAGCCAAUGGAUCCGUUGACAGACACCUGCUGUAAAACUGGAUCUGACUUUGAAACAUUGAAAGCACCCAGUAAGCGAUCUAGACGUUCAACAGAACAGUGUGAUAAUGUGUCAUAUAAUAAGACAUCACAGCUGUGUUGUGGACGAGACAAUAACAAGACAGUCCAUAACAAAACCUCCGAUCACCACGGCUGCUGUUUUAAUGAACGGUUUGACAACAGAAAUCAAAGCUGUUGUUACACAAACAAUCAUCUCAAAAUAUUGAUUGACAGUGAACAGCUGUGUUGUGGACCAAAAGAUAACAAGACAGUCCUGAACAGAACCUCUGAUCACCACUAUUGCUGUGGUAAAGAACAGUAUGACAACACAACUCAAAGCUGCUGUCACAUUAAAGGAAGUCUUGUUAUAUUGAAUGACAGCAAACAGCUGUGUUGUGGACCAGAACAUAACAAGACAGUCCUGAACAGAACCUCUGAUCACCAUUAUUGCUGUGGUGAAGAACAGUAUGACCACAGAAAUCAAAGUUGCUGUCACGUUGAAGGAAGUCUUGAAACAUUGAAUGACAGCAAACAGCUGUGUUGUGGACCAGAUUAUGACAAGACCGUCCUGAACAGAACCUCCAUCUACCACCAUUGCUGUGGUAAAGAACAGUAUGACAACACAACUCAAAGCUGUUGUUACACAAACGAACGUCUUGUAAUACUGAAUAACAGCAAACAGCUGUGUUGUGGACCAGAUUAUGACAAGACCGUCCUGAACAGAACCUCUAUUUACCACUACUGCUGUGGGAAUGAACAGUUUGACUACAGAAAUGAAUGCUGCUGUGUGAUGAAACUUGGUGAAAAGGAAUUUCUUCAGAAACAAUCUACUAACACCUGCUGCUGCAAUAUGACUUCAGCAACUGCUGAGCGACGUAAACGUUCAGCGGAGGAACUGUGUGGCAAUGAGACCUUUGAUGAGAAAACACAUCGAACUUGUGACCACGAUGGUUUGAAACAGCAGGUAACAAUCAACACAUCUAACAACAUCUCAUCUCAUCUGUCAAGUCACCAAGAAACAAACAGUGAGUCACACAAACGCCUCACUAGGUCUUCAAGGCAGAACAAACGCUGUGGCUGUGGGAGAAAGUGCUGGUGCUGCUGCUCAGGUCGAUGCCCUGCUGUUCCCAUCAAGUGCAAACCACACAUCUGUGUGUGCUGGAAUGGCUGCGUAUCUAACAGAAAGCCUCGGAUGACUCAAUGUCAUGACUCGCCUGGACAUCGCUGCUGCUGGAGGAAAACCUUCAGGCCUUGCACUGAGAUCUGCUGCGGUGGCCGCAGACAUGAGCGAGUUCCCUGCUGUGGGCUUUGCCCAUACAACGUUGAGCACCCGCAUGUGAAGUGCUGCUCAGGGACGCUGUACAAUGUGACAUCCUUGGGCACGAACGCACAGGACGCACGCCUGCUCUCAGAGGGAGGCGUCAUCACAGCGGACCACAGGUUCUACUUCCCCAAGACAAGAUUCAGAUGCUGCUGUCGAAGGUAUUACAACCCGGCCGUGUGUUCAUGCUGUGCAGGGAUACAUCCCAUUAACCACACUGAACACCACCAACACAACAUUCAAGGCUUCAGGUUUUUGUCAGUGAAGAGUCUGAAUAAAGAUGAACUUUGUGGAGGAAUUCACAUUGGGACUGUGAAAAACGUGUCUCUGCACGGCGUUGAGUUCACAAAUGUGUUGAAAAUCCACGGGAGCAACGGCACCGUGACACUUGGGUCUUUGAGCCACACUGUGCCGAUACCGGAUCUCUGCAGCUCCUCCGUGCUGACCCUCGGCUCGGCCCACUUCUUCAAUGAAGCCAAUGUCUUUGUUGAUCCCAACCAUCUCUCUGUUCUCCGGUCCCUUCAUUUCAUUUUCUCCAGCUGUUCCUAUCAGUAAACCAAAUUCCUUCCAGGGAACACGUGUCUGUCAUUAUACUAAAUACGUUAACCACAUUUGUUGACAGUACUUCUCUGAUUGGACUCGGCGGCAACUUUUGACAACUCCAAAGCCUCCACGCAGACGACUGCGUGUGACAUGUGAACCGACAAGCUGUCAUAUAUACAUUAUUAUUGUCUAGUGUGGCCAUUUAUGAGGAGCUCCUUCUCUGUGUGGAGCACGGUGACUCACACAUUUACUCACUGUGAAGGACACUACUAGUACUAGUACAGUGCCAAACCAAAGCUACAGGGCUCAAAGCUUAGAUUAUCUAAACUACUGUGGAGCAGCUGGAUCCACUCCUAGUUGCCAUGGUAGCAGGUAAUAGACAGGAAUGUUACUUAACUGCUUUCUGUCCACAUAAGCUAAACUACUACAAGAAAGUUUUCUAUGAAUAUUACAUUCGUCCUUUUUUAAUGUGAUUGUUGCACUGAACUUUAUGAAAAAUGGCAAAUAUUUGCACAUCACUUAAAUUAUUAUGUGUUUAUGUUUAAGUGACAUGAGUCACGAGUGACAAAGCUACUAAUUGAUAAGCACCGUCAAGCUAUCAGGGAUAUAAAUGCCAAACUCCUGCCCCAAAGGUUCCACUGGAGGCUCUUGUGUAUGUGAAACAGUUACUAUAUUGACUGUACAGUUGAAUGUAACAUACAGUGGACUCCAGUUGUAUUCAUGCUAAUGUGGUUUUGUGCUGUAAUCAGUGAUUAAAUUUAUCUGGUGCACAGCACAUUGCUUUUUCAUACAACUGUGUGUUUAUUGUACAUGUGAAUGAUUUCAUCAUAGUUACUGUCUAUAUUCACAGAACUAUAAACUAUAUCUUAUACUGCAUGUGUAUUUUUGAUCGACCCUAGUCUGGGUGACUUUUGACUAUUUGUCUUCAAUAAACAACUAUUAUUAUGAA